AUGAGCAAUCGCAACAGGACAAGGCUGACAUAUGAAGAACAUGGAGGGCAGGCAUGCUAUGGAACAGUUGAUGAUGAAGCGAUUUGCGAUGCUGGAAAUUGUCCCCAUGACUGCACGUUCUCGGAUUGGGGGCCUUGGUCUACCUGCCCGGUCACAUGUGGCAAUGGCACGCAGACCCGGGCUCGCCUCGUCCAUGCCCAAAGUGAGUUCGGGGGUCACGCUUGUCUUGGUCCCUUCGACGAAGAACAGAGCUGUGCCUCAAAUGCCUGCCCCCAAGAUUGUGUUUGGAGCCUGUGGUCGGAGUGGAGCUCCUGCUCAUCGAGUUGCGGUGGAGGCCAAGCAUAUCGAUCUCGAACAGAGCUGAUUCCAGCUGCUCAUGGGGGAAUGCUGUGUCAGGGAAUGUCCGAAGAUAAGGUUGGCUGCAACCAUGAGGCAUGUCCUCUGGACUGUGCAUGGGAAGCUUGGUCCGAAUGGUUCGCCUGCUCUGCGACCUGUGGCGGAGGGGAGAGGUCUCAGCAUCGACAGAAGGCAAUGGCAAUGUUCGGUGGCGCGGCGUGUGAGGGCAGCGAUGAAAAUGUCGAGGCAUGCAACCAGCAGGAAUGCCCAAUAGACUGUCAGUGGUCUUCCUGGACACAAUGGACUGACUGCUCGAAGAGCUGUGAGUUGGGCAGCACAUCACGUACACGGAGCAGGGCUGUGACAGAACAGUAUGGCGGUUUGCCUUGCGAAGGAACGCCUGUGCAGGAAGCCGAAUGCAACAGGGAGGGCUGUGCGGUGGAUUGCGAGUGGGGUCCGUGGAGCAGGUGGACAGCGUGCUCUGUGCACUGUGAUGACGGGCUUACAAAGCGCUUCAGGGAUGUUGUAGUGCCACAAAAGAACGAUGGCUUACCCUGCAUUGGAGAAGAUGAAGAGCAGGCAAUAUGUCACGAAUCGUUUUGCCCUCGCGACUGCAAAUGGGAUGAUUGGGGUGCAUGGACUGACUGCACACAGUCUUGUGACGGUGGAUGGAGGCACAGAGUGCGUGCAAAGCUUCAGGAGGCCCAGCAUGGGGGGACACCCUGUGCAGAUUUCAGCGAGGAUGGAGAAUACUGCAACACGCAGGUGUGUCCCGUGGAUUGUGUUCUCACAGAUUGGUCUUCGUGGGGCUAUUGCAGUACAUCAUGCGGAUUUGGAGUUCAAUCUCGCAAGCGCGCAAGAAUGCAGGAACGAAAUGGUGGACGACCAUGCAAGCGCGACUUGUUGGAGACGCAAGAAUGCCAAAAUGCACCCAAUCCGACGUUGUGUCCCACUCCGACGCCAAGCGCCGCAGCGAACACGUCAGACAUGCCUGGAAUGCCUGCACCCGGCUAUGGCACAGCACAGAUUGCGCCGACUGGCGACGUGGAGCUGGCGCCAUCAGGGCUUGCGCCGCUGUCCAGUGGCCUCACAGGACUCCCAGGAACGCCUGGUGCGCCAAGGGCACCCAAUUAUACCUUCGAGGAAGCUCGGGCAGCGAUGCGGGGCAUGUCGCCUGACUUGACGACAGGCUGGGACCCUGUGUCGGACCAUGGGGGGAGCAAGGGCAUACCCUCUCAUGCAGACAUCUCCAAGCACUUCCCAUCAGAGCAACACAAGAGCUUUCCCAAUGCAGCUCCAUGUCUCAAAGAUGACCUUAAAGCCACUUUGGACGUUUAUGACAGAUCCAGAUCAACAAUAGCCACUCUAAAGCGAGAUUGGACGCAGGGAGGACAAGAUGUAGUUGCAAAGGUGGCUGGUAAUCUGACGCUUCACGCCGAGCAUGCUGACCAGCUACUUAUUAACGCUGCUACCAAGACUGCAAUCACGAAGGCAGUGGCGACCCUCGCUUCCGUGAAGCCAGAGUCAGUGACGGCAACGUUGCGCACUGUAUCCGCUGAGGACAAGGCGAACCACUUGAUAGCACGAUAUUCGAUCAAUGUGCUGCGCAACGACAAAUACUCUGCGGACAGUAUCGCAGCACUUGUCAAGACCCAGUCUGCCUCGAAGGUGACAGAGGAACUUCAGAGGCAGUUGGCUACGGUCUGGUCUGGAGGGAGCGUGGAAGCCAUUGGAUUGAGCAUGCGAGUUGAAGUUCCGUCCGGAUAG